ACAGUGUUGACCUUGUGUUUCAGCCAUGACCGUACCAUGCAGGACAUCGUGUACAAGCUGGUCCCAGGACUGCAGAAAGCGGAGCUCAAGAAGCAGCAGGACUUCUACAAGAAGCGUGGCUUGCCAUUUCCUGGACAACCACUUGAUGGUGAAGAGGACAGCACUUGCAAGUCCUCAGCUUCCUCCUCCAAGUCAAAAGAGGAUGAGGACAGUGACUAUCAUCGCAGUGAUGAACAGGUGAAUAUCUGCCUGGAAUGUAGCAGUAACAGAAUGAGGGAGCUGAGGAAAAAAUUUAUCCGGUGCUCAUCGCAGGCGACCAUCAACCACCUGAGAAAAUUCAUUGCCAAAAAACUGGAGCUCAAAGAGCACUCCCAGCAGGUGGAGAUUUUGUGCAACGAGGAGAUUCUGGGAAAGGACCAUACGCUCAAGUUCGUAGCCGUCACACGGUGGAGGCGCAAGUCAUCUCCGAUGGUCCUGCACUACAGACCUGCGACUGUGGAUAUCUUUUGACACAGCAGCGUCCCAUCAACAGAUGUCUAUUUAUUCAGCCCUUAGAAUCUAUGUAUGAACAGAGAGAAACUACGUUAACUAUUCUGCAGCAGGAACGGAUGGAAUCAGCCCGUUUCCAUGAGAAUGGGAGAAUUGUACAGAAGCUGUGUCCAUGUCUGUCAAGGUGAUGUCUGUGUCUGCCAACACCUUUUAUGUCAAUAGAGUAAGGCGACAGCCAAACAAUGAUUAUGUGACUGUGAAGUACCAAAAAUGUAUUCUUUUUGUAAAAAAAAUAUGUAUAGGUAAAAACUUAAAAAAAUUGUGAUCUGCAAAAUAUUAGAGAACAGCAUAUUUCAUUUCCCACAAUUCCAAGCCUGUCAUACUGACGAUCAGUAUUUAAUCUACAGAUGUAAUUGAUUUAUACAUGAGGACAGAAAACAGGAUUUGCACCACUCAGAACAGAAUGUCUGGAAUAUUCUGUAAGGACUGGAAAGAUGGAAAAAUGGGCUGAAAAUAUUGACAAGCCCUUUAAGCCCUCAUGUCUGCCAGCAGUCUGGCAGUUUUCAUAUGGUGCGUACGUGAAGAGGAAUUAAAUCAUGUCUGAUAAGUAUACUGUACUUACAUCUGUAUGUGGAAGAAAACAGCAAAACCUAGCAGGCUACCUACCUUAUUGCUUAGAUCAGAGAACCUGCUAUCCUGAGAAGUAGUUUUCCACCCAAGUGGAGAAUCUGACCAGAAAGGACUUCCAACCAUGCUGUUGUCCAACAUGAUCCAACCAACUGCCAACCACUGCAGCAAUUACAAGAUGACUGUCUGCUGUCAAUUGACCAUUUUUUCUGGAACAAAAGAGGAUAACUGACUGAAAACACUUCUGUUUUGUGGUAAAUUGAAAGGGAAUUAUUAAUCUGUAAAUCCAUUUGCCUACUUUCCUUUCAUGCAUCUGUCAAUAUGAAGGUAGGUAGGGCAGACAUGCUCAGUUGGAGAAGAAAUCUGGCACCAGCAAAACAGUCUGUCACAAAACAUUAUAUUAUGUGAGUCUGCUUUUUUUUUACUAAGGGAAAAAUAGAUGUAUAUGCUCCUUUCACCAAUGUUAACCCAUUGUCUGACAUAUUAAAAGUUGAGAACAAUGCAGAAAAUGCCAAGGCUUUUGGUUGGUGAUAGAAUAUUAGUCUGCCCACCCUCAUCUUUUGACAGGUGCAUUAUUAGUUCACAGUUUGUGUUACAUGUCAUUUCUGUGCUUUGCUUGGACUCUGCAGCUCUCACGAUCAGUGUUAGGCUUGUGAAUGGAAUUGUGCCUGGAUCUUGGCACAUUCUAAUUCCAUUUUCCAAGUCAUAACUAUUGAAGGAGAGGUACAGGUGUGAACCCUCUGCUGUCAGACUUGUUUUUAUGCACUGUGAUUGCAAUAGAUCGGUUUCAACAGACCACAAAAAGUAGGUGAAAAUGUCUUGCUGUGUUGGCCCCAUUGUGUACCAGACACCAGAUGGUAGCAGUUUCUCCACCCCCUCCCUCUGUCCCAAGACUGUUGCAAUAUUUAUAUCAGACUUGAUAUGUGGCAGGUGACACUAUUACUUGCACCUUGUGGCAAAUGCUUAGGGGAGCUGACUGUCAUGCAGAGCUGUGUGCUAGUGUGUUUAACAGGUCUCUUUAGGGCCAUGCCUAGUCUGUCAUAGACUGGGAUGCAUCUUACAUAUACAGUACUACUGUAUGGUUUACUACCUUGAUCACUUCACUGCCCAAAAGUCUGGUACCAGUUAAUGGCAGAUCAAAUGGGGUUGGUUCAGAGUGGCAAAAUCCUCUUGCAGCAUGGCAAUGGGGUUUAAACAUGCACUCAGAAGUUCAGUCCCAGGUACACUGCUUCAAAAAGAUAUUCUAUACACAAACUAAUCAAUCACGAAAGGCCAAAGGUUUCAAUAGUCUGUCACUAACACUGGGUGCCAGGAUAUUAGGCAGGGAAGUGGUCAGAGGAGCAAAUGGAAGCUGGAAGAGGAUGCGUACCAGGCUAAGUUUGUUACUUGCUUCUCAGAACAUUUCAGGAUAAAGCAGAUGAAGUGUAGAGACUCUGUAUCGUUAGGCAAACAAUAUUUUUAUCAAUGGACUAAAUCAAUAAUUGAUACCCAAAUUACCAGAUUGCCGGAUUAGGGUUAACCCUUCACUCUGUAUCUCACUAGUAUAAUAUAUGAGAGUCAAAUUUGUGCAUAAGUUCACUUGUUAAGCACAGAGUGUUCUUGAUGUGGCAGUAGAUGAGCACAAGAGGACUCAGUUGUGCUUCUCACUACAAGGGGAAGUAGAGAGGCUGGAACAGUUCUUUGCAGCUGUUGUAAUUUUCAAGCAAUACAGAUUUUGUGCAAAGAUGAGCCCCAACAAACCAGAGAGAAGCAACAAUGAGAAGCGAGUAACUGACUUAGUAUGGCCUUACUGCAGUCCUACAUGUACAUUGUCAUGUAGUGUAUGCAGACUGUGAGUGGACCAAGUUACAAUGUACAUGCUAGAAUCUUUAUGGUGGCAAACCUUUGUACAAAUGUACUUACAAAAUAUACCACUGGCAGCAAAUGGUGUAAGGCCAAGACAUGGGUUACAUUUUACAAAUCAGGAUAGAUGCGCUCUCCAUGCAGGUACCAUUUUGUAUUGUGGCGAUCAUAUCUGUGCUUUGACAAGAAUCAAAGCUGGUACAAACUUGAAGAGAAUGAGUGCUAAGAUAUAGGUUUAAUAAUAACUUUGUUGAACUGUGACAUUUAGCAUAAUAGGUUUAGUAAUGUAGUAAAUGUGGGAUCACUUCUGUCUGUAUUAGAUUCAAACAAAAGAACAAUGCUUUGUAUGAUUCAUAGGGUGACAAAUCAGUUUACAAUCAGUUGUUCAUUUUCUUCAAAUCCCUGAACAUGGCUAUGCACUUACUUUGACGUAGGUCAAACUUGGCACAUUUUGAUUUUAUAUUUAUACAUUUCAUACAUGUUACUCAUUGUCCAGUGGUGCUUCUCAUGGUUGCCAUGGCAACUUUAUUUAUUCCAUGAUUGAUCGGGACGUGAGAUGAAGUAUGUAUAGAGUAGAUGAUAAGGUAUCCCAGAUGAAUUUAUGACAGGUUUUUGAAACCAAAAUCUUUGUAUAUGUAAUUAAGACACUGGAUGUGUAAUAACCCAGGAGGGAUGACCCUGGGGAUUUUGUAUGCAUGGCUGUGGCAUUGCCUGAGAGACCUUGUUACCUUUUCCAUUAUCUCCAUCCACAUUCCAAUUGAAGGCUGAACAUUAGGGACUGCCUAAUUGCAUGGUGAGGUUUGUAGCCAAUGUGUACUUCUGUACUGGAUGUUCUCUUGUUUUACAGUGUUGCACUCACACUUGUCAUUCAGUUAAAGCAGGUACAUGUGUACAUGCAUAUUUGAGAGAAUCUUCAGAGGCUAUUUCUGUAUUGUCUGAAAUUACCGACAACAGUGUACCAAUGAUAGAAGUACUCAGAAAGUACAUAUUGUACAUGGUACAUGUGUAUGUUACAUGUACAAGUAGGAAUUCCUACAUUAUGGAUUAAAUAAAUGAUGUUGAGAUGUCUGGAUCAUCGAAUCAUGGUGUAGUACAUAUUUUUGUACCCCCUCCAAAUUUCAUUUCUUGGGAUACUAGAAUGACAGAGUUGAAUAUCAGCAGAUGAAAAUACCGUCAGUUUAUUGAUGUUUUGUACAAAUUCUACUCAGGCCACCCAAACAGGUUGAUGUAAACGUGAAGAAAGUGAAAAGUUCAUUUCUUGUAAAAGAUCAAAACUACUGUUAUAAGUGGUACUUAAUACUGUACAUGUACUCCAAGACCUUUAUGAUCAAUCUAGAGGUAUAACUAUAACAGUUACUCCUCUGUUUAUCAAGUUGGUAAAAGUAUUACUUUUUACAUUACUUAGUAAUGUUCCUCUGGGGAUGUACAUGACAACACCUGCCAUAGAACUUAUUCUUUCAAUGUUGCAUCUUAUUUCUCCAUCGGGAAAGUUAAGAUCCCAAAUGUAGCUUGUUGACCCAACAGGUCAAGGUCACACAUAUGUCAAGGUCACAAAUAUACUACAAGGUUAUCAUGAUGGGUCAAAGGUCAUCCCUUACAUAUAGGUUACUGUGCCACAUGCUGCUCAUUGUUGCUUUGUUAGUUUAGCUGUAGAUCUGCAUUGAAGGUUAUUCUAACGUUAUAAACUCCCUACAGAUGUGUAUACAAACCUCCGAUAAUGGAAGGAAAAAUGGGUUUCGUAGGCCUCAGAAUCAAAUGUCAAAUAAUGUUACUAGUGUCUGUCUGCUGCCCAGCUGUAAAAUUAUUGUCCAGAAUCGAUGAAUUAUGUAGGGCAUAGAGAGGAAAGCAGUCAGAUUUAGAAGUGAAAAAAUGUCAUGACAUUGAAAGAUGAUUUAUAUGGUCUGUAUAAGGACUAGUAAGAUGCGGUAUGGUGGUAUGUGUGAAAUAUUCUUUUAUCUUAGCAAUAUAUUCUUUCAUCUUAGCAACAUAGCAACCAAAUCAAUUAUGGUCACAUCAGUAUACAGUGUUGCUUGUAGUUCUACUCUGCACUGAUCAGUGUGAGUCCAAUGGAGAAGGGGGAUAUGGUCAUGAAAAUUUUAUAAACGUCAAAUACCCCCAUGUUUUGUAGGGAUCAAUGUUGUCAAACAAUAUAAGGGGCAGUUGUGGGUUGUGAAACCCUCACACAUGUACACCCCUUGGUUUACAUUGAUGGGUGCUUCGAUACUCUUGUCAGCCUCAUGCAGUUUGUAUUUUCUAUAUUGCACGCUUUGCUGCACCUUGUACAGCACUGAUGUAGAAUUGCUCCUGUCUAUCCUGUCUCCAGGCCAGCAGACUGUGUACAUGUAUUCCAGUAAUGGACAUAUUGCCAGGCGCGCAGGGAGAAUUGAAUACCAUGCUGUUGCAGCAGUCAUGAAAGUAGUAGUGGUCAUUUUGCACCAUAUGAUAUUUGUGUCCAUUUGUAAUAAUAAAGAUGUAUCAUUUCUUAUUGAAACUGUCUUCUGUUG